AUGCCCCCAUCGAGACAUUAUUUUUUCUUUCUUAUAGCAGGUUAUAUAUUAGCAUUUGUGCAUAGAAAAUACAUUUAUAACAAGGAAAGCAGUUUGCAGCAUCUUUUCUUUAUUACUUCAGGAUUCAGUAUAGGAUAUUGGAAUUACGGAAAUGACAUAUUCCACUGCGUUUUUACUAUAUUUUGUACACAUUGCAGUUUUAUGCUUCUCCAAGGAUCUACUAUUAAUGUUGCCAUUGUAUUUAUUUUUAAUAUGAUGUAUCUUAUUACAGGUUAUAUUUAUACAAGUACUGAAUCAUACGACAUUACAUGGACUAUGCCACAAUGUGUCAUAACUUUACGCUUAAUAGCUAUUGCUUUUGAUCUCUAUGAUGGUCGCAAACCUAUUGAAAAAUUGUCACAUGAAAGUAAGAAGCUGGCUCUAGUUAAAAGGCCUAGUAUUUUAGAAAUAUACGGUCAUUCCUUCUUUCCUUCUUCGUUUUUAGUUGGACCACAGAUUUCAAUGAGGAGAUAUAACGACUUUGUCGAUGGAAAAUUUAAUUCUAAGAAUGGUCCUCCGGAUAGUGUAUCGGCAUCUCUGAAAAGUUUAAUCUUGGGAUUUUUAUAUUCUAUCAUUUAUCAAAAAUUGGGGACAAUUGUAUCCAACGAUUAUUUGCUAUCUGAAGAAUUUGGACAAAAGAGUUUCUUUAUAAGAAUGGUUUUACUAGGAGUGUGGGGAAAAUACACGUUAUAUAAGUACAUAGCGAUUUGGUUGUUAACCGAAGGUUCUUGUACUCUGUUUGGUAUAACACAUAACGGACUGAACGAAAAGGGAUUAGUCAAAUGGGAUGCUCUAUCAAACGUGAAUUUGCUAACUUUUGAGGGCUCUUUAGGAAUCAAAGAUUUCGUAAAAUCUUUCAAUUUAACUACCAAUGCUUGGCUGGCGCAAUACAUAUACAAAAGAGUGAAGUUUUUAGGAAGUAAACACGCCAGUCAAUUCGUUUCACUUUUCUUCUUAGGAAUUUGGCACGGAUACCACGAAGGAUAUUAUGUAUGUUUUCUAUUUGAGUUCGGUACUAUGGUUAUGGAAGCAGAUAUUCAGACAGUCAUAAAUUCCGAUGAAAGCUUGAAUCGGUUUUUUUCUAUAUCAAUAGUACAAAUACUUGCCAAGAUUCUUCGAUGGAUUUAUACAUUCCUUAUGACAGCGUGGUGCUGGACUUCUUUCGUUCUGCUCAAAUACAAUAAAUUCAGAAUAGCGUAUGCAAAUCUGAAUUACAUAGGAGUAAAAAUGUUUUUAUUUUGGAUUCUGAUAUAUGGACCAUUUCUAAGGUUAAUGGCAAAAACGAUGUCCCGAAAAAAUAAGUGA